UUUCCGGUUCCUGCUCCUUCAGCCAGCCGGUUAUCCAAACAGCGAUGGCGGAGAAAGGAGCCGAAGGAUCCGGGAAAGCUGCUCUGACAGCGGCGGAGAAGCAGCUGCUGCGCCGCCGGCAGGAGCUCGAUCAGUGGCGGAGAAACGCAGCGAGGCUCCGCGGCAGGAACCUGCUGACCGGCCUGAGCAUCGGAGCCUUCGUCCUCUGCAUGUUCAGUUACACCAUCCUGUCCGUCAAACAGGAGCGGAUCCUGGAGGAGCUGGACGAUGAAGCAAAGAUCCACAUCAUCAGAGGGCCACGCACCGGGGCCAACUCCUGACCACGAACGUCCCGGACGCGCUGUCCCCCGAGACCUCGCCACGGGGCGGGGCGGCAUCUGCAGACUGUACGGUGACAUCACAGCUGUGACACACGAGCUGCCGCUGCAUCCGGACAGAACUUUUGUUUGCACUUUUUCUGCUUGGAAAUAAAUUAAAAAUGGUGUUAAAAUUUUA